UACAGAAGGUGGGUCAAUUUGAAGUGAUUCGUGCUUGUCUGUAAGCUUAUCUUAGAUCAUUUUGUUCGUUCACAUCCACUAUGUAAAACAUGUUUUCAGAAAUAUCUAACUUCAAAUAGUCAUAUGAAACUACCAUUUCAUGGUUUGAUACCUAAUCAGUGAAAUCGUGCAAAGAAAUGGAUCGUCAAGAAGAAGCUAACAGAUCAAUGGUCUCUAAAGUCGAAACUAAAGAUCAAUGGGAAUUUGUCUCUAAUAAAGCCCAUAAUCAGGGUUGCCCUAUGGUGGUUCAUUUUGGGGCAACAUGGUGCAUCCCAUCAGUUGCAAUGAAUCCAGUCUUUGAAGAAUUAGCCUCAACUUACUCUGAUGUUAUGUUCAUCUUUGUUGAUGUUGAUGAAGUCAAGGAAGUUGCUUCAAAGUUCGAAGUGAAAGCUAUGCCAACAUUUCUUCUGAUGAAAGAUAGUGUUGUAGUUGAUAAACUAGUGGGAGCGAACCCAGACGAAAUUAAGAGAAGGGUUGAUGCAUUUAUUCAGUCCGGUGGCGCUUUUAUGGCCUAGUAUCUUGUGUUUUCUGUUAUACAUUAUGUUACAUAGGUCAGUUCUUGAAAACAAAGUGUGCCCUCAAGAAUAGGAAAUAUACAGGCAAAACAACUCAAUGCCAAUGGUUUCUGAUCUCAUUUCUGCUCUCUUUCUGGUGUGUUCCUGUUUGUAUGGCAACUGGCAAGUAAUUCAUGGAUCAUGGAUGUAUGUUUCUGAAUGGAUUCAUUGUAAAUUAAAAUUUGUAUUUGUGUAUUGCUUGUUCAUGUGUUAGAAUUAUUCUCUGAA